AUGGCAUUAAAUAAUUCAGAAUAGGUGAUUAAAUUUUUAAGAGAAAGUGAGAAAUUGGAUUCAAAUGCAUAUUAAUCAUUAUUGAAAUUAGCUGAGAAUAAGCCAAUUCAUCUUUAUGAAAUAGGAAAACUCACUAAAUUAUUAUUAUUAGGUUCUAGAUAUUAAGUAAUAUUUUAUACAUUAUUUGGUCUUGGAUACAUGGGUAUAAUAGGAUAAUAAAAGUAUAAAUAACUGUAGAUUGAUCUAGAAAAUGUAGAUAAAACACAGAAGUAUUAUGAAAUGUAAUACUAAAUUAUAAUAUAGAAAAUAAGAUCGAAUAGAGUCUAAAAUUAAGAAAUUAUAAGUAGUAGCUAUAUUAUUUGGAUUAACAUCAACACUUGGUCUUUUUGUAACUUAAAGAAUGGGUUAAAAAAUACCCAAAAGUUUAUGGUUUUUACCAAAUGGUGAAUUUAAAUUAACAUUUUAUUCUUUUUUUGGAUUUAAGAAGCACAUUAAUGCUCCAAUAUCUGAUUUUUAACUUUGCACUUCAUCAAGUAAAAUAAAUAAGACAGUGAUGAUGAGAUAUAAAAAUAGAGAAUUAUCAACAAUUGGUACAGGAGUAUCACAUAGUAAUCUAAUUAGAUAUUUGAUAUCAGCAUAAACAAAGAGUGAUU